AUGACCAGACUGCACAAGGCUGAAAUUAUGAUUGCUGUAGAACAACUGAGAUUGAGGCUGCAUGAUGGCAAACUGAUCAAGGACCGACUGUACCAUCUGCGCACUUACCCCAACUACUUUUUGGCCCAAGAGCUUACAGACUGGCUGAACAGCCACAAGGAAGCCCUUGAUCGGGCAACGGUGGUCUGCCUCUUGCAACACCUUAGACAUGACAUUGUGCACCAUGUUUGUGACAAGUACCCUAUGUUCAAGGAUGCAAAAUUGCUGUACCGUUUCCGUAAGGAUGAUGGCAUAUUUUUGAACACUGUUAAGGUAAUCAUCCAAGGACAAUGAUUGUAUAAGUAUGUAAUAACUGGAGACUCCAUUCUGCAUCUAAGGGAGGCGCAGGGUGUUGCAUACCAGCGCUUCUUCCCUGGCUGCCAGUUGAUCGACUAGUUGCUAUAGAAUGGAAAGACAGAGAGCAGGCGCCAGGGUUUGGAGCUCUGCCGUGCCUUGCUGGAGCAUGGCAUCAUUCAUCCCGUUGUGAUGGGGGAUGCAGUGGGCUGGGGCUUUGUGGUCAGAGUGAGUCAGGUGAAUGGGAAAAGCAUUCUUCACCUGGAUUACUGCCAGGUCACCAGGCUGGUGAUGACCGGACCUCGCACUAUUGUGUUGGAGGUCAUGGAACCAGAAGUACCUUCUAAAUUCUCCAAAACCUGCCCCAGAAAUCUCCUGAACUAG